AUGCAGAGGCGGGUGGUAUUAGAGUUGUCUCGCCGUCAAGGUGUUGCGAAUCUUUCGUUUGCGGCCGCACAUAGAAUAACGCCGACGAACUACGGCCUCCGACGAACAUUUCAUUCCUCACCCGCAGCGCUCGAUUCGUUCGAUUCCAAUCAUGACGAAGAUGAAAGCAAUCCUCGUGCUUCGUUCUCAAAGCCCAAGUUCACAUCACGGUGGGGCAGCGGGCAGUCAACGACACGACCUAUUGCCCUGAGCCCAGCGGAACAGGCGAUGCGCGAGAAGAUGAUGGCGCAGCAACCCAAGAAAGAAGAGGCCAAAACAAAGCAAGAGACGGAAGGAUCGAGUGUCAAUGAUUCCUCAUUUCAGAAACGAACAUGGGGUGGUUCUCGACAGUCGAUUACUCUGAGUCCAGCCGAGCAAGCGAUGCGUGAGAGGAUGGUGGCACAGCAGAAACAGAGAGAGCAGGAGAAUAGAAACGCUCGUGGUGCGGGGCCCCGGGAUCAGGGGCAACGGCUGACGCCUCGUCCCGUAUAUUCUAAGGACACAGGGCCCGGCGGCGACAAGCCCAGGAGACCUUUCAAAUCUGACUGGAAAUGCCCGAGCUGCGGAUUCAAAUGUUAUGGGAAAUUUCACUUUUGCCCUCGUUGUGGCUGCACGAGAUCUGAACUUGAAACGGAUUUGUCAAGACCGAGAAGAGAACAAAAAGACUUGUUGUCUCGUGGCCUUGCAGAACGACCUGCAUCCCGGGAAAGCAAGAAAUAUUCAGCUUGGUCAGAAGAUAUAGGUGAUUUACUAGGCGAUGAAAAUUCUGGAGAGCCUAUCUCAAAGUCGGACGACGUGGUUUCCGUCGAUCCGAUUGAGGAGGUUGACAGAGAGAAGCUUGUAGCAGAACGCCAAUCGCUGGAGGCCGAGAAUAAUCGGGACUCGCCGGAACGGAAUCUGGAGGAGGAGGAGGAAGAGCAGCAAGUGACCCAGCGCCGAAAGGACUAUAAGCGUCGUGAUGGCCGGAAAAAACAGAAAUACGGCGAAGAAGAAGAUUUCGACCAGGAGGAAACCCGACGUCGUCGAGAAGAGCGGAAGCGCGCGAAGAAAGAAAGGGCAAGACAAAAGCAAGCGGACGUCGCCCCAAGCCCUAUUUUCCUGCCCGAGUUCAUCAGCGUCAGUAGUCUGGCGGACGUCAUUGGAAUACGGCCAGCCCAAUUUGUCCAACGCAUGGAGGAUAUGGGCUUUGAGGGUGUCACAUACAACCAUGUCUUGGACGCGGAAACAGCUGGUCUAAUCGCGACCGAGUACAACUUUGAGCCUAUUUUCGAUCAGCCCGAGGAAGGUUUUGACUUGACUGCCGCCCCUGAACCAGAAGACCCGUCUUCCUUGCCUCCCAGGCCCCCUGUAGUCACCAUCAUGGGUCAUGUUGACCAUGGCAAGACCACUAUCCUGGAUUGGCUUCGCAAAUCAUCUAUUGCUGCUGGAGAGCAUGGAGGCAUUACGCAGCACAUUGGUGCAUUCAGCGUCGCCAUGCCUUCCGGGCAGACCAUCACUUUCUUGGAUACUCCCGGUCACGCGGCCUUCUUAGAGAUGCGUCGUCGCGGAGCAGACGUUACAGAUAUUGUCGUUCUUGUGGUAGCCGCAGACGACAGCGUCAAGCCUCAGACUAUCGAAGCCAUUAAACAUGCCACCGGAGCCAAGGUUCCCAUCGUCGUUGCUAUCAGCAAGAUCGACAAGGAGGACACCAAUGUCGACAAGGUGAAACAAGACCUCGCAGCCAACAAUGUCUACGUUGAAGAAUAUGGCGGCGAUGUCCAGGCUAUUGGCGUGAGUGGUAAGACGGGCCUAGGAAUGGUGGAACUCGAAGAAGCCAUUUUGGCUCUUUCUGAAAUGCAGGACCACCGAGCCGACACGGAAGGUAACGUUGAGGGCUGGAUUAUUGAGAGUACGACAAAGAGCUAUGGUCGAGUGACCACCGCGCUUGUCAAGCGUGGUACCCUACGCGUGGGCGACAUUGUCGUUGCAGGCGAUGCUUGGGCUCGUGUGCGCACUCUCCGUAACGAAGCUGGUGUUCCGAUUGACGAGGCAACACCAGGUAUGCCCGUUGAAAUCGACGGCUGGAGGGAGCAGCCAAGUGCUGGCACGGAGAUGAUUCAAGCACCAUCCGAACAGAGAGCCAAGGACGUAGUGGAGUGGCGGUUAGAGCGGAUGGAGACACAGAAACUCGGCGAAGAUGCGACAGCUAUCAAUGAAGCUCGUCGUGGACUUCUUGACAAACGCCAGCAAGAAGAACUGGAAGAGGCAGGUCGGCAUAUAGAAGAUGGACAGGCUUCCGGCCCCAAACCGGUGCACUUCAUCAUCAAGGCGGAUGUUGAUGGAUCCGUCGAAGCUGUCUUGAAUACCGUCACUGCAAUUGGCAAUAACGAGGUUUACCCGAAUGUCCUCCGUUCUGCCGUUGGCCCAGUGGGAGAGUUUGAUAUCGAGCAUGCUGCAGCUGCCCGUGGCAACAUUAUCACCUUCAACACAUCGAUCGAUCACGCUAUGCUGCGAAUGGCAGAGCAGCGAGGCGUGAGGAUCAUGGACCACAACGUCAUUUACAAACUUAUGGACGAGGUCAAGGAGAUACUUAGUGAGCAGUUGGCGCCCACUGUGACUCAGCGUGUGACGGGAGAGGCAGAGAUCAGUCAGGUUUUCGAUAUCACCAUCAAGAAACGGGAGACUACUGCCAUUGCGGGUUGCAAGGUUCGCAAUGGAAUUAUCCAAAAGGCCAAGAAGGUUCGGGUCUUGAGGGGCCAGGAGAUUAUUUAUGAUGGCGUGAUGUCUUCUCUCAAGAACGUCAAGAAGGACGUGACCGAAAUGCGCAAAGAUACCGAAUGUGGUAUCGGUUUCGAAGGCUGGACGGAGUUCGUUCCUGGCGACCAUGUCCAGUGUUAUGAAGAUAUCUACGAGAAGAGAUAUUUGUGA